GAGGGAGGGAUGGAGGGAGAGCGACCGUCCCUGCAAGUGCUCCAGGCCAGCGCGGAUGGGCUCUGGGCAGCCUGGCCUGCUGUGGAAGGUGUCCUGCACACGGCAGGGCUUGGGACGAGGUGAUUUUUAAGCUUUCAAAAGUUUUGGAUCUGCCACCAGAGAAUUUAAUAAAGUCCAUAUCUGCAGUUCCUGUCUCCAAAAAACGGCAUGUUGCAGAUUUCCAGCUCUCCAUUGCUUCAGUUAUAGAAAACAGUUCUGGUGAUUGCUUAGCACAGGACCUGCAUCUUCAAGCUCAGCAGCUUGCUGGAAGGCUAAAAUGUGAUUCAGUAGUGAGUGCAAUCAGUGCUGGUCCAGGAACAGUGAAUUUUACAAUAAACAGGGAAUUGUUAGCAAAGACUGUGCUGCAACAAGUGUGGAAAGAUGGCUCAGAGUAUGGAGUAAAAAGUGAACUUUUCUCUACAGUUCCCAGCCAAAAGGCAGUGAUUGAGUUCAGCUCCCCUAAUAUUGCCAAAAAGUUUCACAUAGGACACCUGCGUUCCACCAUAGUAGGGAAUUUUAUAGCAAAUCUCAAAGUUGCGCUGGGACAUGAAGUAGUGAGAAUAAAUUACCUUGGUGACUGGGGCAUGCAGUUUGGCUUAUUGGGUGUUGGUUUCCAAUCCUUUGGCAACAAAGAAAAACUAAAAUCUAGUCCGUUGCAACACCUUUUUGAGGUGUAUGUGCAGAUUAACAAAGCAGCAGAAAAUGAAAACACAAAAAAGCUGGCUAAGGAUUUCUUUAGAAAACUGGAAGAGCAUGAUGAGCAGGCAUUGUCAAUUUGGAAGCAAUUUAGAGACCUCAGUAUUGAGGAAUACAUCCGGAUUUAUAAGCGUCUAGGAGUGCACUUUGAUGAAUAUUCUGGAGAGUCAUUUUACCAAGAGAAGGCCCAGGAAGUUCUGAAGAUGUUGGAAGAUAAAGGACUCCUUCAGAAAACAAUGUAUGAACUCAUUCAAUCUGUUGGUGCACUUUAUUUAACAUCUCAGUUGCACUUCAAACAAGAUAAGAUGGGUGAGCUUGCAGUGACAUCAGUAUUUCCCUCAACUUCCAGAAAAGGGACAGGAGUUGUGGAUCUCUCGGAGAAGAAGGACCUGUCAGCGGUUUCCACCGUCAUGCGCAGUGAUGGGACAUCUCUUUAUAUAACAAGAGAUCUUGCAGCUGCUAUAGACAGAAUGAAUAAGCACAGCUGGGAUACCAUGAUUUAUGUGACAGAUAAAAGCCAAAGUAAUCACUUUCAACAUUUAUUCCAAAUACUGAAGCUCAUGGGUUAUGACUGGGCAGAAAGGUGCCAGCAUGUGUCUUUUGGUCUAGUUCAAGGUAUGAAGACUCGGAGAGGAGAAGUAAUUUUUCUGGAAGAUGUUUUAAAUGAAGUUCGCUCAAGGAUGUUACAAAACAUGACUGCCACAAAAACAACCAAAGAGAUCCAAGAUCCUGUGGAGACAGCAGAGAAGGUUGGCCUUGCAGCACUCAUAGUUCAGGACUUCCGGGGCCUUCUGGCAUCUGAUUACCAGUUUAGCUGGGAUCGAGCUCUCCAGAGUCGGGGAGACACGGGUGUGUUCUUGCAGUACACCCAUGCCAGACUCCACAGUUUAGAACAGAUGCAUGGGAAUGCAGAGCUAGCUGAUGUGAAUGUGGCAUGCUUGCAAGAGCCAGAUGCCAUCUCUGUUCUUCAGCAUCUUCUCAGGUAUGACGAGGUCCUGUACAGAUCUUCUCAGGAUCUGCAACCCAAGCACAUUGUCAGCUACCUCCUCACACUGAGCCACCUGGCAGCCGUGGCACACAAAACCCUCCCCGUGAAAGGCAGCGCCCCCGACGUGGCACAGGUGCGGCACAGCGGGCUGGGGGGCGGCCUAGGAAGGAUCCAUCAGGGCUUUUCCGUGUCACCACUGCGGGAAUACGAGCCCGCAGGCAGAGGAGCCGAGGGCCAGGCUCUCCCGUGGGCGGAACCGCUUUGGGAAGGCAGGGAUGGCUGUUCACAGCUGUGCCUUCCCGAAAGGGCUGCUCUGCUUGAUCCUCCAAAAACACAACACUCCUUAAGGACAGCUGCUCCAGACCCAGUCAAACACCUUGUCGUCACCUUUCCUUCUAAAUGUUUUAAGAGUAAACAUUUGAGCAUUUAACUUGCUCGUUGACUUUUGGUGGUUUCCUUUAGUGGUUAUGUGGGAAGAUAAAGAAUUAGGAGAGAACUGAAUCUGUCUCCUCCCUCUUGCCACCUACAUAUCCCAAGUUGUCGGUAUUGCCUUUCUAGCUAAAGCACAGAAGCUGACAACUGUUAAUGUGCCAUUCCAAAUGAAUGCAAAUUCUUUUUACUGAUCUCCUAGGCAAUGUCUGACCCCCUAAUGACUCAGUAAAUUAUAUAUUAAUUACAUUGCCUCUCUUAUUUUCUUUCAUCUAUUUCAAAAGGAAUUACCUAUUUGAUUUUGGUAGGAAAUCACAUUUAAGUGGUGAGCUGGGCUGUGGGGGGAAAAACAUUCAGUGGAAUUGGUGGAGCUGCAGUCAGUAUUGGAGCUUAGAUACUGUAGGCAUUCAUUCCUUUGACUGCAUCAAACUUCAAAGAAAACUUCUGUUCUUUAUCCUGUAAAUAAAAAUAUUUUUUAAGUAUCUUGCAAUGUGACAGCUUUCAAGAGCUAUGAUUUUUGGAGCAAGCUUGAUAGAGCCCUUCCCAAACAGCCAGCUGUGUAACAGCUGAGGAAGAGGCAGCCCGUGGUUGCUUGACAGCCUGUCACCCAGGCACAGCGAGGGGAGGGAGUGCGGUGGUAUCAUCAGGCUGUACUUGCCCCUGGUGCAUGAAAGAUUUUCAGCUUUUAGUCAUUGCAUUCUUGUUCAUGCAUCUCUGCUUGCUCUGCCCCGAGGGUUGGGCUGGGCAUUCCUUUCCACCUUCCUUUGUGCGACAAAGUGUCCCUCUGACAGUGCAGUGGGCUGCCAACAGCUGGUGUGAGUUCUGGCAGCAUUGGUGUGUUCCUUAAUACUCAGGGGGGGCCGAGGCUGCACAGGGCCAGGCUGCACACGGUGUUCUCACCUCGGCGUCUAACUGCUGUCCCAAGAACCACACCCUGUUCUCUAGCACUACCCUAAAAUGACUUUUUUCCUUGUUUUGCAGGCACGGCUCUGUCUCUUCCACGCAGCACGCUCAGUUCUAGCCAACGGAAUGAAACUUCUUGGCAUUACACCUGUAACUCAAAUGUAAUGAGGCCAUAUCCAAUGUCAAGUCAUAUCUUGGAGUAAAAUUAUUUUUUCCACAAUAACAUGAACCCUCUUCUGUGUGUCACUGCUGCUGCAGGCUGGAAACCCCAUCUGCACUGGCAGGUUCUCCAUCCUACUAGCAGGUGUGGCACAGGGGCAGGGGCCAGGCUAUCACAGUCACUUUCUUCAGACAUUUGGUGGCAGCAGUGUACUUAAGACACUACCUGGAAUUUCCCAUAAAAGAGAACUGUGUAUUUGCCAUGUAAAUAUCACAUCCUUUUAGUAGAGGAAGUGGUGUUAACUGUGCUGCCCUAAGCAGAGUUCUCCACUCCUGCGGUUGCCACUGUGUACCAAGGCCUAAUGGCACAAUGGCUUCAGGUUCUCUGUCUGCUGUAACAAAAGGAGUUACUCAGACCCUGCAGAGCCCUUUUCCUGAGUGUUGUGCUGCAUUCCUCCCUCAGAAACCUCAGCCAAGCCCAACUGGCAGCUGUCACACCCUGCUCCUCAGCCCUUCCUUGGCCCCACUGACGUGCUGGCCGGCUCGAGGAGGCUGCUGCUCAGCUGGUGGAACAGGAACCACAGUGUCCCUCAGCACUGUGCACACAGGCACACGUGGCAGGUGCUGCUUGGCCCCCCUCAGCCUCACAUUGCUGUAGAGAGGUGGAGCAGCACCUGUGAGGUCCUGCAGCUCCUGGCAAUACCUUCCAACAUGGAAGCCUUACUCCCAGGAGCAGCACUGUAGUGGAACAGUUGGCGAAAGGCGGAGGGGACCAUCCUCUCCCACUGGAAGAGAAUUUAGGCAUGUUUGUUACUGCUGUGUUUAACAUGCCCCACUUUCAAGUAAAACCCAGCUCCUUAAUUCAUGUCCAAAGAAAUGUAGCCAAGAGUAUGAAAUUGGUCACAUUUGAACUCCACUGUGAACAUCAACAACUUGCCUGAAUGUGCCAGGGUCACUUCUCCCUCAAUGUAGAGCUGAAAUAUUGGGAAGGCCUCAGAAGAUGAGGAAGGAGGUUGAAGUUGCAGAAUUGGCACUGAUAAAUUAAAGGUGAACAUGCAUUACAGGGGCCCUUUUCAAGCAUGUGCAUGCACAGAAGUUGAGAGAGAAAAGAUGUUCUAGAUACAAACUUUGUGUGACUUAUUCACGCCAGAGGUACAGGAACAAAUACAAAUCAUCCCCUGUCCUAUGCAUAGAAAAGCCCUUUACCACCUACAGCCAAUAUACAAAACACUUAAAGAGUAAAAGGAAAGCCACAGCGUCAGAGUCUUUCAUCUGACUUUUUAAACCAAACAACAAGGCCUACCUCUAGUCACUCUGAGGUAGGUGAUGCUCCAAGCAGGGGUAUUCCCUGUAGGGUUGCAUCCUCUCGUGCUUAGUGCCUAGAAGAGAAACUCUUCCUGUCAUUAAUCAAACUGCAAGUACCAAGUAUCUUAAGAGAAAACUGUGGCAGUAGUUGCUUUUUUUAAUAGUUUUUUUAUGAAGCUUUUCAGGCAUUACUGCCCUCAAAGAGCAAGACAGUUUAUCAAAUACACAAAGAACCAAUUUCCCUGUGUUAUAUACAUUAUAUACAAUUGAGUGAUCAGUUCCUUCAUUGGGUUUUCCUUGUAAAUGAGACUCUUCAGUGUCAACAUGAAUGAAGAAUACCUUCCAUAAAAUACCCAGCCAGCUCCUCAGCUGCAGUGUAGCUUCAGUGUCAGCCACUGGAAACUCCACAUGUAAAACAGAAAUAACUUCUGCUUUUAGUCUAUCCCACUUAAACCAUUUCAUGACUAGCUUAAGGCUAAUUUUGAAAAAAAAAAAAAAAAAGUUUUUUUUUAAAGUCUAUUUUUUCUCUUGUCCAUCUGUCCAUUUUUAUGGACAACAUCACACAGUAGCAAGUCUCUCUUUAGUGCUUUUAGUCUCUGAGGGCUGGAUUUUUGUGGUGUCUUGUCGAGGUAAUCCAUAGAGGUAAAUAGAAAUGCACACCAGGAGAGUACCCAGGGAGAAGGUAACAGCUGAAAGGAGACAAAAUAGUUUAAAUUAAUGCAUACAUAUAAGAAACCUUCAGCAAGCCAAAUAAGUUUUUGAAUUUUUUUCAUCCCUUGCUUUAUGGUGCUCUUUUGCAGCCAAACUGAUUAUUUUCUCCUUCUGCAAACUUUCCUUAAGUUUUGUCUCACUAAUACUACAUGAAAAAGCUAGUUUUCCCACCAUUUUCCCACACCAUCUUUGGAUUAAGGUAGGAAACCACCCACUACACAGUGAAGGACUGAGUGGGAGUGCUAGGCACAGUAUCAGACACAGACUUGACUGGGGAGAAAAUUACAGAACAGCCCAGAGCAUCUGCUGUUUCCUCUCAAAGACAUUCACCACAUCAGUCAGUCACAACCCCAGCUGCUCUUUGACUUCUUCUCAUGGUGGUGUCCACAGCAGAUGGGGAAAGUAAAAGUUAAUGCAGUAGUGGGUGUAACUCAUCAGGGAUGUGUAAAGCCCUUGAAGAAAUAGCUGAGGAAUUAAUUUGGCACUGGCUGUACUAAACCCAACAAGAAAUAAUAACCCAUCAACAGCAGUCCAGGUAAACAGCUGUAUCACACACUAAACUGCAUCAGAAAGUGAUGCAUGAAAAUAAAGCUCUUUAAACCAGAAAGGUUCUUUCUGUUUGAAGUUGCAGAUGCCUCUGAAAGAACAAAGCACGGAUGCCUUUGAAAGCAGACUCAUCAGGCACCUUUGUGCACCACAAGGACGAUGAUGCAUUAAUGCACAGGAGUCCUGGAGAAGACUUGAAGCUAAAACCAGAAAAACUGAGAGGUUUGGCUUUGGCAUGAGCUGUGUGCAGCAGGCUGGGCAGGCAGGAAACAUGCACAGCCAUCAAAUCAAAGGCAACAAGGCACUUACUUAUCUGGAGGCCGAAGAGGAUGACUGAUGCCACAGUAGAGAGAACGAUGGCUGCCGCUGCAGAAAAGCCUUUCAUGAUGUUAUCUGUGUACUUAACAACCACCGAGGUGUAGAGGCCACCCACGCUGGCCAGAACUGGGAAGCAGAGAGGGUGCUACCAUAAGUACAGGUGCAGUAGGUUACUCCUGAAACGAUGCAUUUUACUCCACUAAUGUGCUCCCACUUUGGGCUACACUGUCCUAAUUAAUGAUUUACAGAUCAUUCAGUGGAAUACGAUGUCUACAUGGCAUCCAGUAAAUAAGAUAUAACUCAUUUAAAGAUGAUCUACUUGCUAGUCAAUUAUUUAGGCUGCUGUUUCAGCACAAUUUAAAUUGAGUCAGUGAAUAACUUCCAAGAAAAUUAUACUGUUAAAUAAAAUCCCUCAAAACA